GAUGAGCUUUCAGUUGAUUUCCGGCACUGGCGCGUUCAACUUUACAAUUCUAAACAUAAUUGGCGCAAAAACGCAGAUUUUUGUGUGCAAAAUAAAGUGAAAUCAGUUUAACGACAAAAUAUCAAAAGGAUCAUCGGGUUCUUUGUUAAUUGUGUGAAAUUGCAAUACAAAAAGGAUUCAAAACGAUUUCAAACUGAAUUUUUAAUAUUGUGCACUUACCGACAAAGUGUUUGCGAAUAUCUGAAAAUAAAGAAGAAUAAAUAAGUGUUAAUAUUAAAAAAAAUAAUUGAAAAAUUCAAAAAUAUUUAAAAAGUUUGUUUUAAUAUAUAUUUUUUGAUUUGAUAAUAAAUAUUCCUGUGAGCAAUGAGUCCACAACUGAAAAUGAGUAUUUACGCCGCUCUCUUGCUCCUCAUUUGCCAAAUGACAGCAGCGCAAGUACCCUUCCCACGUAGCUGUCCAGAAGUGAAGGUGCCCAAGGACUUUAACGCCGAUGCUUACAUGGGCACUUGGUAUGAGUACGCCAAAUAUCCGCAUAUAUUUGAGAUCGCUAAGCGUUGUAUGUCUGCGCGUUACACCAACAAAGGCAACAACACAAUCGGUGUGGUGAAUACAUCAAUUAAUACGAUCACUGGCCAUACAACAAACACCACGGGAGUUGCACGCAUGCUUGCCCCAUCCCAGAUAAAUGUGCUCUUCAGCAAAUAUCCAAAUGCCAUUGAUAUACCGAACUAUAUUGUGCUGGGCACUGAUUACAAAUCAUACAGUGUUGUCUACAGUUGCACUAAUCUCACUUCAUUUGCGCAUACAAAACUCCUCUGGAUCAUGACACGCGAACGCAAACCUUCAGCUGAAGCUAUAAGUACGGCUAAGAAAAUCAUGGAUGAUAAUAACUUGCCACAAUCGUUCCUACUGAUCGCUGAUCAGGAGAAUUGUCCCGAUGUGGUAUCCAGCUAUGGCACAACCAUUAGCUUCGGUGAUACCACCAUUAACAACAACAACGCUAAUAAGAUUAACAAACCUGAUAAUGCACCAGAUGAUAGUGUAAUUUUGAAGCGUAUUGCAGCCGCCGCCACAAGUACCGCCAAUCCGUCUACCGCCGAGUUCGAACUACUGGAUACCACAGCAGAGACCGCGGCUAAUGUCAUCGAAUUGGCAUGAGAGUUGUUUAGGCGCAUUUGGCAGCGCAUCAUGGAUAUAUUGUCGUGGUUUUUUGCUUUGCCGUGAUUGAGUUUGAGCUUUAAGCUCACCUAUAUACAUAUUUACAUAAUUACAUACAUAUUUACCAUUACUAACGUACAGUGUUUGUAGACGCCUUUAGCUGUCUGCUUUUCGAACAAGUUUUACCUAUAUUGUAAAGCUUUGAUGCGAGUAUUAUAUAGUUUGUAGUUGGUAGUCUUAAGAAUGUUUAACACUAAUAAAAAAUAUGAAAUUCGAUUUUGAAAAAGGUA